CGUCUGCGUAACCGCUAUAUCUCUCCCCACUCUCUCUCCACCACGCGAGGGGACAAAGAAGCGACUUCGGCCUCCGCCUGCAUCCUCCCCCAACGGCCUAUUACGGCAUCCCUUCGCUCGUCUUGCACAAACACACUGCCUGCGUUCCUCCACCACGCGUCUACCAAUACCCUCACACAUCGCCCGAGAGCGUCGACUAGUCCAUAGCUUGGAGGAGUGAGAAAAGGGACUAUACCAUGCAGAACCAGGACCCCAACCAUCAGCGCCCGCUGCGGGAUGCGGGGACGGAGCAAGGCCCGCCUCCGAACCAGACGCUGAGGUCUAUACAAGCUGCUCACCCCUUGGGUCCCCGUCAGAGAUCAGAGGAGUCCUGGAUAGAAGUCUCCUCCCAGCCCUCCUCGUCCUCCCUGUCAUCUGCCGCAGAUGAGAUCAUUACUACUGGCCUCCGCGUCCGCCACGAUUCGAACGCCCGCCGGCGGCGACGGUCCCACGGAGCCAACCCGCUGCGUCUAGGGGGUUUAUAUCACGCCUCAGGUGGCGGUAGCAGCCAGGAGGAAUACGACGAGAGUGAGAGCGAGUCUGACCGGGUAAUGUCAUCGUCCAACGAAGCCAUUCGUCCUUCGCCUCUUCAUCAACAUCAAGAAACACGACGCUCCACCCGGGCCGUAUUUUUGACCACAUCCUCAGACUUCUCGGAACGGGAAGGAGACGACGAGGAAGAUGACGACGAUGAAAACUCGACGGCCGUGAACUAUCCACGGGCCACUGGGGGCUCGCGCUUCACCCCUCAACCCAAUGCCUUUUCGCACCCACCAACCACGCAAGCAACGAGGUCCGAGGCUGCCACUACCUACUUCUCGCAAUCUAGGACUCCCAACCGGCCUACUCCUCACCGCAAUGCUUAUUCCUCUCCGCAGCAUACUCCGUAUAAUGUUAUCUCACCAUCUCACCAAGCAGAUCAUGACGCCGCCCUUCGCGCCAGCCUGUCUACCCUUCUAUCUGCUGCUGCAGCCGUUCGCGGCCUGCCUAAGCCUGUCCAACCAUCUGCCCAUCGUACUGCCGGUGGUGCUCGAGUUGAUCCAUCUUCACUCCGUCUGGUCUCCGAAUCCGUGGCCAUGGGCGGAGAACCCUCCAAAACAGAACAGUCAUCCCCAGCGUCUUCUCCAAGCCGAGACUCGAACAGCGACAAAUAUAAACGUAAAGCUACGCCCCCUUCCGGCACACGAAGCAGUAGCAAAGACCGCAGGGCUGUCAAGAAAGCCCGCAAGACGGGCCCGAUGAUGGAUGAAAUCAGCCCGACCCUGCUCACCUGGGUUGUGAGCGCUGGCGUCGUCGUCCUUGUCAGCGCUAUCAGCUUCUCUGCCGGAUACGUCGUCGGCCGCGAAGCUGGGCACGCGGAGGCUGUUGGCCAGCUGGGGAGCGUUGGUGCUGACGCGGGACGCUGUGGGCGAGAAGCAGCAUCUGGAAUGAAAGGUACGGGGAUGGGAUUGAGGCGACUGAGAUGGUCGUCCGCCCCGGUGAGGGUCUAAAGAAGCUUCUUUCGACAUAUAAGGGGUCACGAACGCAUGAACGAUUUGAUACCAGGAGCGACGUUUUUGGGGAUUUAUGGGUUGGAUUGGAGCGUUUGCCCGGCAACAAGGCAUCAUUUCGCGUGUCAUGGAUGGGGUUUUUGGUUCUCUACGGUCUCUAAGCAUGUUCUAUCUUUCGAAUCUCGACGGCAUAGUCUCUCUUUCCACGGGUUUUGACGGCGUUAGGCGCAGGAUGCGGACUGGAUUUAGAUGUGAUGCUGGAUAAUCGUUCCUAAAUGGGAUAGCUAGGUACAGUCUUCGCACUCCAAGGGUAUGAAAACCAGAUAUAUAAAGACAG